AGGAAAUCACCGUUGCUGAAGCUCCUCGGAGCCGCCUUUCUCUUCUCCACCAACGUUCUCGCCAUCUCCGCUGUUCUCGGAGUCGAUCUGGGAACCGAGUACAUCAAGGCGGCGCUGGUGAAGCCCGGCAUCCCGCUUGAGAUUGUGCUCACGAAAGAUUCCCGACGAAAAGAAACCUCGGCCGUCGCCUUCAAGCCGGCAAAGGGCGCCUUACCGGAGGGCCAGUACCCCGAACGGAGCUAUGGCGCCGACGCAAUGGCACUCGCCGCACGAUUCCCCGGCGAAGUAUACCCGAAUCUGAAGCCCCUGCUUGGACUGCCAGUGGGGGAUGCCAUUGUCCAAGAAUAUGCGGCCAGGCACCCUGCGUUGAAGCUACAGGCGCACCCCACGCGGGGAACUGCUGCGUUCAAGACGGAGACGCUGUCUCCGGAAGAGGAGGCUUGGAUGGUGGAGGAGCUGUUGGCCAUGGAGCUUCAGAGCAUCCAGAAGAACGCAGAGGUUACCGCUGGCGGCGACUCUUCGAUACGCUCCAUCGUGCUCACCGUCCCGCCGUUUUACACCAUCGAGGAGAAGCGAGCCCUGCAGAUGGCAGCAGAGCUCGCCGGCUUCAAGGUCCUGAGCCUUGUCAGCGACGGACUGGCCGUGGGCCUCAACUAUGCCACCAGUCGCCAAUUCCCGAAUAUCAACGAAGGCGCCAAGCCGGAAUACCACUUGGUCUUUGACAUGGGAGCGGGCUCCACAACUGCUACGGUCAUGAGGUUCCAAAGCCGUACGGUUAAGGACGUCGGCAAGUUCAACAAGACGGUUCAGGAGAUCCAGGUUCUCGGCAGCGGCUGGGACAGGACCCUCGGAGGAGACUCUCUCAACUCGCUAAUCAUCGAUGACAUGAUUGCUCAGUUUGUGGAAUCCAAGGGUGCUCAGAAGAUUUCGGCAACCGCCGAGCAGGUUCAGUCUCAUGGCCGCGCCGUUGCAAAGCUGAGCAAGGAAGCCGAGCGUCUCCGACACGUCCUCAGCGCCAACCAGAACACCCAAGCCAGCUUUGAGGGACUGUACGAAGAUGUUGACUUCAAGUACAAGAUCUCUCGGGCUGACUUCGAGACCAUGGCAAAGGCUCAUGUCGAGCGAGUCAACGCUGCCAUCAAGGACGCUCUGAAGGCCGCGAACCUCGAGAUUGGCGAUCUGACUUCCGUCAUUCUUCACGGUGGUGCGACCCGUACUCCGUUUGUGCGAGAGGCCAUUGAGAAAGCUCUUGGUUCUGGCGACAAGAUCCGUACCAAUGUCAACUCUGAUGAGGCAGCCGUCUUUGGUGCUGCUUUCCGGGCUGCUGAGCUCAGCCCAAGCUUCCGUGUGAAGGAGAUUAGGAUUUCUGAGGGUGCAAACUACGCAGCUGGCAUUACUUGGAAGGCUGCGAACGGCAAGGUACACCGCCAACGACUCUGGACUGCCCCGUCGCCGCUCGGUGGCCCGGCCAAGGAGAUUACCUUUACGGAACAGGAGGACUUUACUGGUUUAUUCUAUCAACAAGUUGACACUGAGGAUAAGCCCGUCAAGUCGUUCUCGACUAAGAACCUUACCGCCUCUGUUGCUGCUCUGAAAGAAAAGUAUCCCACUUGUGCCGAUACUGGCGUUCAGUUCAAGGCUGCCGCGAAGCUCCGUACCGAGAACGGCGAGGUUGCCAUCGUCAAGGCCUUUGUGGAGUGCGAGGCUGAAGUCGUUGAGAAGGAAGGCUUUGUUGACGGCGUUAAGAACCUCUUUGGCUUCGGGAAGAAAGAUCAGAAGCCCCUCGCCGAAGGAGGAGACAAGGACAGUGCCGAUGCGUCUGCGGAUUCUGAGGCCGAGACGGAGGAAGCUAGCUCUGCGACAAAGUCCUCCUCUUCCACCAGCACCACCAAGUCCGGAGAUGCUGCCGAGUCAACAGAGGCUGCAAAGGAAGUCAAGAAGAAGCAGCUUGUUUCUAUCCCUGUCGAAGUCACGUUGGAAAAGGCUGGAAUCCCUCAGCUUACCAAGGCCGAGUGGACCAAGGCCAAGGAUCGACUGAAGGCAUUCGCCGCCUCCGACAAGGCCAGGCUGCAGCGCGAAGAGGCCCUGAACCAGCUCGAAGCAUUCACUUACAAGGUUCGCGACCUUGUCGACAACGAAGCCUUCAUCUCCGCGUCUACCGAGGCGGAGCGACAGACGCUCUCUGAAAAGGCUAGCGAAGCAAGUGACUGGCUUUAUGAGGAGGGCGACUCGGCCACGAAAGAUGACUUUGUUGCUAAGCUCAAGGCUCUGCAAGAUCUCGUGGCACCGAUCCAGAACCGCCUGGACGAGGCUGAGAAGCGGCCUGGUCUGAUUAGCGAUCUGAGAAACAUUCUCAACACCACAAAUGUGUUUAUUGACACUGUUCGUGGGCAGAUUGCUGCGUAUGAUGAAUGGAAAUCCACAGCUUCAGCCAAGUCGGCUGAAUCAGCCACCUCGAGUGCUGCCGCCGAGGCGACGACCAACGACUUUGAAGGGCUCGAGGAUGAGGACGACAGCCCCAAAGAGGCUGAGGAGAAGCCCGUUCCAGAAAAGGUCGUGCCCCCGCUGCACAACUCUGAGGAGAUUGACACGCUCGAGGUUCUCUACAAGGAGACUCUGGAGUGGCUGAACAAGCUCGAACGCCAACAGGCAGAUGUUCCUCUCACCGAAGAGCCCGUGCUUGUUGUCAGCGAGCUGGUUGCCAGACGAGAUGCGCUUGACAAGGCCAGCUUAGACCUCGCGCUGAAGAGCUACACCCAAUACCAGAAGAACAAGCCCAAGAAGCCCACCAAGAGCAAGAAGGCGAAGAAGCAGGACAAGACGAAGAGCGCCGACAAGGCUGGCCCGACGUUUGAGUUUCCCGAGGGCAGCGUGCCCCUCUCCGGCGAGGAGCUGGAGGAGCUGGUCAAGAAGUACAUGAAGGAGGAGGAGGAGACCCGCAGGCAGGCCGAGGGC